GGCGGCGGCGGCGGAGGGAAAUCUUGUUUGGUCAGAGUCUCCGAACUGUGCGGUGACUUCUGAGCACAGAUCAAUACGUGUCUGUCCCGGCUCGGGGAGGGGGUGGGAGGUGCCCGCCCGGCACAGCGCCGGCUUUUGGGGUUGGGGGGGGGUGGGCAGCGUUGUGGGGAGCGCAGAGCCGGCGGGGAUGUCACCGUAGAUGUCUGUGUGUCUGUGCGCGCGUAGAGCUCGAUCUGUCUCUAUGUGUAUGUAUAUACAGAGAGAUACGGAGCGUGACACCACGUUUCUUAAAAUUUCGUGCAGGAGUGGAAAAUUAAAUAACCAACUCGCGGUGGGGGUUGGGGGGGGGAUCAUAAAAGGCUUCGGUGGGAGCGGGGCGAGUCCGCACCGCGCAGGUGAAGCAGAGACCUCUCCGAGAUGUCAGGUAUUAGUCCGGAGGGGCAGAUCUGCGAGCCACACAGCAGCUCCCGGGUCUACGGUACAUUAGCCUCUCCGUGGGAGAGGGAUCCCAGACAGCUCUGCUGGGGAGCCAGCCCAGGAGAUUUGUUAGCGGGCUGCUCCGGGGGAUACCAGCCACCUCCGGCACCCGAGCGCCAAAGGUGCUUGUGUUGCUGCUGCUGCUGCUGCUGGCGCAUUUCAUCCAAACUCCAGCCAGAGCGGGGGCAAGUUGAACCGGAGACAUUAGAGCCACUGUGCUUUGGAGAGACGAGGGCGCACGGGGAGCGCGGCAGCACCAUGCCUGCUAUCAAGAAGGAGCGACUUGACAGGGAAGAGAUGGCCCUGGCAGCUUUUAACCAGCCCAUGGAAACCUUACCUGACUAUCUCGCCCCUCUGGCCGCCGCUGCCAUUCCGGUGGUCACCCCGCACCCCCCGGCUUACGACCAGAUCUUUGCCCACCGCGCGUACCUGGGCUUCCACGAGACCCACCACCCCCACCCGCACCACCCGCACCACCCCCACCACCUCCCCGAGGACCUGAUGCUGGAGAGGUUUUCCUCCAUCCCGGAUUUCCAGCCCUUCUUUGACAACGGAGAGCCUUGCAUCGAGGUGGAGUGCGGGGAGAACAAGGCGCUGCUCUACAUCAAUAAGUUGUGCCAGGGGAGCAAAGGACCCUCUAUCCGGUACCGGGGAGAGUGGCUCACCCCCAACGAGUUCCAGUUUGUCAGCGGCAGGGAGACGGCCAAGGACUGGAAGCGCAGCAUCAGGCACAAAGGGAAAAGUUUGAAGACUCUUAUGUCCAAAGGAAUCUUACAGAACCGGGGCCGCCUGGCAGAGAAGAGAACCAUCCCUUUACCUCCCACCAGGAUCCCGAAGAAAGAGCUCACCUCCAUUUUCUCGCAUAGUGACGACAGCGAAGAGAGCGACAAGAGCAAUGGUCAGCACCCCGAAGUAAAGCAGGAGGAGGAUCUCCACAUCAGUAUCAUGAAAAGAAGGAUACACACCCACUGGGAUUUAAACAUCUCCUUCCGAGAGACCUCUUGCAGCCGCGAUAACGACCUUUCCACUAUCAUCUCCAACCUGCACCAGAGCCGCCAGCUCGUUAUGCCAGAGACCCAGAGCCGCUGUGAAUUCAAGAGAAACAGCAUCGAGGUUGGCCUGGGAGCAGCAGAUGAAAUUUUAGGCAAGAGAAGAGUAUGUUCUCCCAACAGCAGCAGUGAGUGUCCUUUAGAAAGCAAGAAAGCCAGAAGUGAGUCCCCAAAGGAAAACUCCCACACGCCUCUGCUGGAGGACUCGGUGACUCAGAUGACCCCGGAGGAGCACUACAGACGCAUGAUGUCAGCACUGAAUGAGCAUGGCACCUUUGAAGAGCAGCAGCAGCAACGUCUCUACCAGCUGGCCAACAGCAUGGCAGUGCCCAGCCACGGAGAUCUCCUGCGGGCGCGGCAAGAGGUGGCGGCGGCGGCGCGGAACCCCGGCGCGAUGGAAGCGCACAUCCCCUCGGCCAGCAACUCUUCCAGCCAGCGGAGGAAGCAGGGCCUCCCCCAGCACAGGGACACCCACUUCCCCGAGAGGGAGAUAUCCCACCCACCGCCUCUGCUCUCACCCCAGAACGCUCCCCACAUUGCCCUGGGGCCCCACUUGAGACCUCCCUUCCUCGGGGUGCCUUCGGCGCUGUGCCAGACGCCAGGUUACGGGUUCCUCCAGCCGGCACAAGCAGAGAUGUUUGCACGGCAGCAGGAGAUGCUACGAAAGCAAAACCUGGCCAGGCUGGAGAUGUCGGCCGAGAUCAUCCGCCAGAAGGAGCUGGAGAACCUCCACCGCCAGAGGCUGCUGGCCGGCGACCCCCUGAGCCUGCACCCGGGGCUGCCCCCGGACCACCCGGCCCUGCGCAACGUGCACGACAUCCCCGAGGGGCACCCGCUGCGGGAGGAGCUGUCCCGGCGGAACGCCAUGCUGGUGCUGCGGCACAACAACACCCCGCUGCUGUCCCUCAACCCCGCCGUGCCCGGCGCCAGCUCCUCCACGCCGCCCAAGGAGCAGCCCCGGCGGGGCAGCCGGAAAGCCGCGCAGCACCGCGCCGAGCCCCAGGGCGCCGGCGAGGCCAAGGAGCCGGCGGAGCCCCGGGCGCGGGACGGGGCCCAGGACUGUAACGACGAGGAGAUGAAGGACUCGGAGAGCGACGCCGACGUGAGCGACGAGAAGCCCGAGAGCCUGAAGGCCGAGGGUGGUGGCGGCGGCGGCGGCUCGGCCGCGGAGCUCAAGGAGUGCAAGGAGGCGGGCAAGGCGUGCGAGGGGGCCAAGGAGAUGGGCGAGGCGGGCGCUGCCCAGAAUGCCCCCUGCAGCUCCUCGAGCGCCGAGUCCCCCAGCCACCUGCUCGGCCCGGGCAUCAACAAGGCCGAGGUGAAGUACCUCCCGCCGGCCUCCAUCCCGCCGCCUCAGCCGCUGCCCUUCGGGUUCCCCUACACCAUGAGCCCCUACUUCCACGCGGGCACCAUGGGAGGUCUGUUUCUGGAUGGUGAGGAGAGCCCUGCGCUGGAAGACAUCAGCAAAUGGACGGUGGAGGAUGUUUGCAGCUUCGUGUCCAACUUGUCUGGCUGCACCGAGUACACUCAGGUAUUCCGAGAGCAGGCCAUCGACGGAGAGACCCUGCCCCUCCUGACAGAAGAGCACUUACUGAACAACAUGGGGCUGAAACUGGGGCCUGCCCUGAAGAUAAGGUCACAGGUGGCCAAGCGAGUGGGCAGAGUGCUGUACAUGGCAGGCUUCCCCAUGGCUUUCCCCCUGCAGCCCCCCGGGCUGCGGCCCCCGGAGCGGGACGUGCCCACGGCCGAGCUCCGGCCGGCGUCCACGGGCAGCGUGGCCUCCCCCUUCGGCAGCGGCGUGCCCUCCUCUGCCAGCCGGGGCUCCCCGAAGCAGGAAAACGGGAACCCUUCCCUCCUCCCCGGGCUCAGCGACACCGCCAAACCUCCGUCCUAACUGCGGGGACGCCUCCAGCUGCUUCUGGGACUUUGGGGAUCCGGUGGGACAAAGCCGAAGGAUGCAACGCCAGAGCCCUCCCCGCCCGGCGGCGCGAGACCGCAGGAGUGAGGGAGGAAAAGGGAGGUUUUAAUUUGGGUU